AUGGCCGCGACACUGCCAGGAAGAAAACCAACGCCUUGCACGGACCAGGAGGGCGAAGAAGCGCAAAAGUCACCAAAGCCAAACAACAAGAGAAAUGGGUGGAUGAAGAUUGAUAGCGAACCAAUUAGGCAAGAGUUGAGAGAAAGCAGAAGACGGAUGAGCAAUGUCAGGUCCUGCCCUGCGCAAGAGUUCCUGCAGCGAACAGAAGAUUUGUAA